AUGAUGCUCAAUGAGGCCAUGUUCGACGGCGAGGACGGCUGGGUGCUCAAACCCGCCGCCUACCAGGGCGCCGACAAGCUCAGCGUGACGCUCCACGAUGCCGCGAGGCACACGCUGGACCUCGCCCUCACCUUUUUCGCAGGGCACAACAUCCCGGCUGAGGAGGAGGACGAGGGAGACAAUCCACGCAGCAGAAGCGCUCUGCGUCCUGUCAUCAAGGCCGAGCUCCAUAUUGGUGAGGACGACAAGGACGGACACGAGCACUCGUACAAGCAGCACACAAAGGCCGCCAAAACGUCCAACCCCCAGUUCAUGUGCAGCAGCCAUCAAAAGGGAGCCGGCGAGAAGCUACAGUUUCUCAACAUCCCCAAGGUGGUGGAGGAGUUGAGCUUUAUUCGGUGA